CAAAGGACAUGGAAAAGCUGCUGGAGAUGAAGGAGCAGCUGAGGGGAGAUGAGGGGAAGACCAAGUUUGUGCUGAAGACCCCCAAGGGCACACGGGACUAUGGCCCCAAGCAAAUGGCCAUCCGUGAGAGAGUCUUCAAUGCCAUCAUCUCCUGCUUCAAGCGCCACGGAGCAGAAGUCAUCGACACGCCAGUGUUUGAGCUGAAGGAGACGCUGACAGGGAAAUACGGCGAAGACUCGAAGCUCAUCUAUGAUCUGAAAGAUCAAGGGGGAGAGCUGCUGUCCCUGCGCUAUGACCUGACAGUGCCCUUCGCUCGCUACCUGGCCAUGAAUAAGAUCACCAACAUCAAGCGCUACCACAUUGCCAAGGUGUACAGGAGGGACAAUCCGGCCAUGACCCGCGGCCGCUACCGCGAGUUCUACCAGUGUGACUUUGACAUUGCUGGGCAGUUUGACCCCAUGAUUCCUGAUGCCGAGUGCCUGAAGAUUGUCCAUGAGAUCUUGAGUGACCUGCAGCUCGGGGACUUUGUCAUUAAGGUGAACGACCGGCGCAUCCUCGAUGGGAUGUUUGCAGUGUGUGGCGUCCCAGACAGCAAGUUCAGAACCAUCUGCUCCAGUGUGGACAAACUGGAUAAGGUGGCAUGGGAAGAAGUGAGGAGUGAGAUGGUGGGAGAGAAGGGUCUCUCUCCAGAGGCUGCGGAUCGCAUCGGGGAGUAUGUCCAGCUCCAUGGUGAGCACGACGGGGUCGAGGCCUUGGCCUUGUUCUUCCAGACUGAACAGGGAGG